AUGUUGUGGUACAUUUUCCUGACUGUAACCACGGCAUCAGCAAACCUGGAUUUUCGCAACGUAAGCAUGGAAAACUGGACAACAUGCGAACAAUUCAUGUACAACUAUACGUACGACGUGAACAAGAUAGUGGACAUCGAGUGGAAAAUAUUUUACUCCUGGGACGGAAUGUUUCAUGACAGCUAUAAUGUUUGGUUCACGAGGCCUACGAAGGUGUUAAUAGAUCGCUUCCGCAUCCAACUGGAAAAGCAGCUGAAAGACGUGAACUUCAACGACUCGGAGCUGUUCAUGGAAACCCGCAUAGAUUUCACGGCGCUCUUCAUCAAGACCAAUGUGUCCGGCGUGUACCGUAUUGUGCCGCAUACGGCUUUUCAUGUGCCCUACAUACCUAAAGCACCCAUUGCUCUGAAAGUGGUGGAGCCUGGAUACCUGGGCAUCAUGAACUGUGGGCUCCGGUACUGCUACGCCCUGGCCCCGGUCAACAAAAUGCCGCACGAUAACUAUCUAGCAGAAGCAGCUGCUCGAUUGCAGUUCUGGAACAGUCUGGGCCGGUCGUACCUCACGAGGUCUACGCCGAGGCCCGAAGCUACAACGGCGGCAUACGACCCCGACGAUGAUGAUAUCGAAUUUGAGAGGCACUUUAAUACAUUUUAG